AUGGCCAUACUGAGCAAGCAGCUACCCCUGGAGAUCUGGAUGAUCAUCGUCGAGUUCCUCGAAUCCAAGGCACGCGUGAGAUCCUUGCGCGCCCUUUCUCGCUGUUGCCGCGCCCUCGCUUGCUUAUGCCAACGGGUCCUCUUCAGGGAUCUCCAUAUUUCCCGAGGAUAUCGUGGAUUUCUGUUACGUCGAGCUGGCGCACUCGUGCGCCUAGAAGAAGCCUUCACCCAGUCCCCUCAUCUUGCCACGUAUGUGCGCAAAGUACGGUAUGCGAUCGAUGAGGAGGAUUCGGAGAACACGACGGUUCAGUGGAUCCUAAAUCAGCUCACUGACAGUCUUUCCGACGUCAAGGUUGAAUACGUUUCCAAGAUAUCAAGCAUGCCAUACCUCGACUGGGACACCCUCGAUGCCCGACUGCGCUCGUCCAUCAUGCACGUCGUCGAGUCACCUCGUCUCAAAACCCUGUCUCUCUCGUGGAUCAAGAACAUGCCUAUGUCGAUUUUCGUAUCCCUGUCCUCGGAUCUCACCACGGUGAAACUCGAGGGUGUCGAGGUGAAGAAAGAGCAGGAUUUGGAUGAGAUUGAAAGUACAAAUUCUGACAGCACUCCAAGACAAGUAGACCUUGCGCAGAUGACGAGGCGACUCCCUCAUAUCAAGAGUCUACAUUACUACGAUCACGACACGGGAGGCGUGUUAGCCUCCCGCCCAUUCGUAUUUGACUUCGAGGAGCUUCAGUUCCUCCAGAUCAGCUGGGGAAACGUGCCCCAAUGUGCGUUGGGCACAAAACUUAUCAAGGCGGCGAACAGACUCGAAGGUCUAGCGUGUGCAGGUAAGUACCCUCAAUUGUUAUGGCUCUAUGAAGAACCGUUGAUGGCUGAUGAAUUGUUUCUCUACUUCUAUGCAGUCGACUCUCCGGAAAAAUCGGCCGCAGGACUCGCGAAAGCGAUGCUGGACUACGGUUUGGAUGUCAACCUUACCUCACUGAUGGUCGGCCUCUCGCACAGAACCACCUCGCCAACGAUCCCAGACCCCGACGAGGACGAUCUGUUUCUAGGGCUCAUCGAAGAAUUUGAGCUCCUCGCGGGCAAGAACGCCGUGAAGUACCUCAUGGUUCACUUCGACACCACACAGGAGGCACACGACAUGCUCACGGGCUGCCUGAGCCGGUUCGACGAGGUCAUCAUCCGUGAGGCCUUCCCGCACCUUGAGCGCUUCGAGUUGGAAAUAUGGGUUCAUUACUCAGGGCCGAAUUACGCACCAUACGGAUCGGGACUAGAAGACUGCUGGGCGGAGCGCAACCGCGCUCAGUGCCAAGGAGUGUCUGCGAUACCGGGGCUUAGAUCUGGAUGUCUAGUAGAAAUUAUGUGUGCUCAUGAUUAG